CUGCCCUGCGUCUAAUUAUAGACCAAAACAGCUGAUCGAGCUGAUCGCAUGUGAUAUAUUUUGGCUUCCAUUGUAUCAAACUACAGAAAGGAAUUGGUCUUAAUAUUGCAUGAUCACAGGGCAACAAGCUAGUGGUCAAGGUCAGCGCAUUAUGGUGAGCUAGGAAUUUCACGAAGGUGAGUGCUCGAGUCUCCCCGCCUCUCGUCGCAACUUGGAGGCACCCUCCCGUUCGACCGCGGAUUUUCACGCUUCCGGUGACACAGACAUAGCGGCGACAACAGCUUCCAGUGCAGGGGAUUAUGACGUGGUAGUCGUUGUGGGGACUAUAUUUUGUCGUACUAAUUUUUAACUUUCUGAGGAGUUAUUUUGUGUGGGGUCCAUUGUGAUGGUUAAAAAUUAAUGACGAUUCCAUUCACUUUUCAAAGUAAUUACAAUUGGAUCUGAAUUGGAUUUUCUUCUGACUUAAGAUAAGUUUUUAUCGAACAACUUCUACAAACAAAUAUGGUUGAGGGCUCUUUGGACGUAAAGGAAGUUACGAUUUCAGAAAUGAGGGACGAAAUUAACGCGAAGGUCAUGAAUGGCAAUGGGCGGAGGAAAGAGUCCAUUGCUAGCAACGAUUCAUUAGAGAGCGUCGGCAACUAUAUCCCGACCCCGCCGGACGGUGGGUGGGGUUGGGUUGUGGUUUUCGCCUCCCUGUGCUGCAACAUUAUCGUGGACGGUAUCGCCUAUUCGUUUGGUAUCUUCCUGCCGGAGUUUGUGGAGUACUUCGGCGAAUCACGGAGCAAAGUGUCCCUGAUAGGAUCGCUGCUUUGUGGCACCUAUCUGUGUGCAGGUCCGAUCGUGUCUGGUCUGACGAACAAGUUCGGGUGUCGACCGGUUGCUAUGACAGGCAGCCUCAUAGCAACGAUAGCGUUCGUGUGCGCGCGAUUCUCGCCCAACCUCGAUGUCCUCAUUGUAACAUACGGCGUCCUUGGAGGUUUCGGGUUUGGCAUGAUUUACUUACCGUCGAUAGUAAGCGUUGGUUAUUACUUCGAAAAAAAGCGGGCAAUUGCUACGGGGAUUGCAGUGUGUGGGUCCGGAGUGGGCACAUUUAUAUUCGCGCCAUUGACGCGAUAUCUCCUGGACAACUAUGACUGGAAAAACGCUAUUUUGAUAAUCGCUGGUAUUGUAUUCAAUGGCUGUGUGUUUGGGGCCCUAAUGAGGCCCCUUGAGCCCGUAAAGAAAAUUAAGGACCCUGAAAUUCCACGAAAAAAGAAUAUGCUUGAUAGGUUAAAAGAGGAAGCUAAGAAAAAGCGGAAACGAGGCUUUACUUCCGAGUCUUCCGGAAUAGGACAGACUGAUACAACUGAAUUUUUAGACAAAUUAAAUCAAACUAAACUUAGGAGAGAACAAAUUUUACAAGAAAAUGAGUCUGACAUUGCUUCUUUGCCAAGUACGUACUUUGAAAAAGAUGGUAGGCAUUUUCAACGACAAGACAGCCGCACUAGUAGUGCGACUCGUCCUCAUAUUCAAAAGUUAUCAUUCUCAGAAAGAGGCGACAUAUCUAGUCACGCUGGAUCUCCAACUAGGACUCCGCGGAUCACAAUUGAUCAGGCGGAGUUUGGAUCGGGAUCUUUCCGGGUGGGCUCCGAGUCUGCUUCUCCGUCAAAUCCGUCAUCUCCGGUUCGCUCAUCAAAAUCUCCAACCUUCGAAAAUGCUGGCAGAAAGAGAAUAUCAACCGCUAGCAACGACAGUGCUAAAGGACAUGAAACCAUCGGCUUUCCAAACGGCGUGCACGCUCAUGAAGUGCAGCCUCUAAUUAAACUCGGAGGUGGCGGCGGCGGCCACAAGCCAAAUGUUGCUAAGGAGCUCAUGGCUCGCUCGGGACAUAUCAUCCAUGGCGGUCAUCCGGCCGGAAGUCAUACUCUUCUGAGUAACUCAAUGCGCAGUAUCACGACUAAGGACUACGCGCGCCCGAUGUACAAGAAGGAUAUCUUUUACAGCGGUAGCAUCGCCAACAUCAACGAGUUCCGGUCGCAGCCAACCAUGGCGAGCUACAUCACGAGUAUCACGAGCAUCCCAGGGGAUCUGGGAGAGGUGGACCAACGUGGGGAGACGGCGUGCCACCGCGCAUGCGCGUGCCUCCCUAAACCCCUCGUAGACGUCAUGUCCGAGAUGCUAGAUAUGUCCCUUCUGAAGAACGCAGGCUUUAUGUUCAUCUGUCUUGGAAACAUCUUUGCUAUGAUCGGGUUCUACGUGCCUUAUGUGUUCAUCGUGGAGCGGGCCAUGCUGCUGGGAGUCGACAAGACACGUGCUUCAUUCCUGCUCUCAGCAAUAGGUAUAACGAACACGGUGGGGCGGAUCAUCUCGGGAAGCCUGGCGGAUCUCCCCUCUGUGAACAGUCUCUUGUUAAACAACGUCUCCAUGCUGGUAGCGGGGGUCACCAUCAUGCUGACGCCAUUCUGCAAUUCCUUCGCAUCUCUCAUGGUUGCGGCUCUGAUGUUCGGUCUCAUGACGUCUGCUUAUAUAUCUCUGACUUCCAUUAUCAUAUGUGAUCUGCUGGGACUCGAAAAACUGACGAACGCCUUUGGCCUUCUCACGCUCGCCAGGGGCGUGUCCUCGGCACUGGGACCGCCCAUUGCAGGUGCCGUGUUCACGGCGACCGGAAACUACGACGCCUCAUUCUUCCUGGGUGGCGGCCUCUUCCUCUGUGGUACGAUGUUCCACUUCGUCCUCUUCUUGCCAUGCUUUAAAGUUUGUUUGCAGAAAGAUGACGAUGAAGAUAUUACCGUCACCUACAAGAGUGACCCCGAGAGUGCCGCCAUGCCACCAAGACAAGAACCGGAACGGCCCGAGCGCGUGGAGCUGUAGGCGGCCAUGUCACGUGUUAACCACGUGCUAACUGCUGUAACACUUGGUAUUUGCUGUGCUAUGUGCGGGUCAGCGUUUCACGUGGACAUCUUUAGAAGAUGAUGUUAUGCCUUUUCAUCUCUGUCAGAAAAAUGUUUUGAUCAACUUCAUGCACUUUUAAAGGCACAUCGAAAUUCAGCUAGGCAUGUUUCACUGUUCUUAUAUUGUACGAUUUGAAAAUAUGGAUCGUAACGGUACGGAUAUUCAGGCUGUUAUCGGGCUGACGGAUUGUCUGCUAGCAUCGAAAGCCUUCCCAAAACGGGGCUUUUAUAUUUUUGAUAAAACCUGUUUAGUCGUAAUUUUAGAAACAAUAAGUACAGUGAUAUUGAUAAAGGUGACAUGUUUUAUGUAUUGUUUUUGAUGAGACGACGGUGAACUCUGUAAUAAAGUCACAAUUUUGCUCAUAAUAUAUAAAUGUUCACCAUUUAGUGAUAUAUUAAUAUCUUACUUGCACAUACUAUAUGCUUGAAGCAUUCUCGUUCUUAUUUUGCUCAUUUCUACUUAUUUUAGUAGCAUUAUAUGCUAAAUUUUAUUAAUUUAUCACAAUUUUAUAUGUGCUUUUGAUGUUGUGUACAUGUCGAGUAUAUUAAAUUCUUAAAUACGUAAUAGAUUGUGUUUUAGACUAUAUUUUAACUAUGAGUAUACGCCAUGCUAUGAAAUAAUGUUUUAAUGUAUACCAUAGGAUAAAAUGUUAACAUGUGUUUAUCUUAUAGUAAUUAUUUAAUCGGAUGAAUGCUUUUAAUCGUGUAUGAAGUUAUGCAGAUGGUGCCGAAGUGUUCAUUAUAAAAUUCAUCUUAAAUGUGGGCGUCUGUAUCGUGUUCUUAAAUAACUUCAGUUGUCUUAUCCAUGUAUGCAUGGUAGCAGCCAAUGGUGUGCAAUGUAGACACGUUUUCCACACAGUGGGUCGCUUGUUCAGAACAUUUUUAAAUUUGACGUCACCGUUGUUUACUUUAAAACCAAUAAUGCGCUGGCAGUUUUGUAGAUACACUUGUUAUCUGCUGUAUUUCUUACAACAUUUUGAGACAACUGUUUCUGCUGUACUUGUUUACAUAUUAUAUAUAACCACAUAAUCAAAUAUUUCAUGUUUAACAGUUUACAAGAAUAUCGUUAAUCACGUUGUUAACUUUUACUGGCAAAGUUCUGAACAAAAUGUCCGUCAUCUUGAGUUAUCCGAGUUAAAGCAUUUGGCUUACUGUGACCAACCAGGUGUUUGAAACACGUGUCAAGUCUCAUUCUGCACUUUCACUUACUUUGCAGAAAUAUAGAUUUAAAAUGGAUUUUAUUUGCAAUACAAAAGCUGUAUAUACGGACAUGUUAAUAUGUAAAAUAUGCACGUUUUCAAACGGAAAUGUUUAUACGUAAACAUACAGAUACUUUUUUAUGUUUUGCGACUUUAGUUCAAAAACGGUGUAGAUAACCGCACCCUUCCAAUAAUUCUGUCAUUUUUAAUAUUUUUAAAGUGUUUAAGUCUUUUUUGUUUAGAUUUUACACACAUUUAUAUGAUAUAUCUCUUUUUUAUCACAAUAUUUUAUUUCCGAAAAGAUUACCUCACAUACAGUUACAUUUUCUAACAGCUGUUAAUUGUUGUUUUCUUAUCAUGUAUUUUCCAAAUCUUUACAUUCGAAGCAUUCCAUAAACAAAUGGUUCGCAAGGAAGGGCUUUGUUCAGAAUUGCUGUCAUUUCGUCUUAAUUUUUCAUUGUAUUAAAGCAACUUCUCUCAGACAAAAUCUUACAACCUCGCCGUCAUCUUUGACAGCCUAGAUCUCAAACAAUAAGAAAUACAAUACACCGUACUUGUGUUUGUAUUUCGGGCGUUAUCGUAGUAGAUUUGAUUACAAAGUUGCAGUAGCCUUAUAAAGUAACAUUUAAUGCUGAAGCUGCGAUGUGUAAUUGGUAAUAACUUAAUAAGGGAUCGCCAUUAUGUUUGUACUUACGUGGGCAAGUGAUUGUUUUGGUCAUAUCAGAGUACUUUACUAAACCAUAUAUAAGACUUUUUAUGCGUGAAUAUACUUUUUGUGUUCAGUAGUGUAUUGUGUCUUUAAUAAUCGACACAUUUUCAGAUAUGUUUCGCAAGUUAUUAUAUAGUUUCACUUAAUUUUCAGAUAUGUAUCGUACAUUAUCAUAUAGUUUCACUCACUUAUUUGUUUUACGAUAUUAUACUGUUUUGAGUGUAUUAAAAAAGAUUAAAAAAUACAAUUUGUGAUAUAUGUGUGUGAACAUUCUGUCUCAUUGGUUAUUUUACAAAUAAAUAUUUUUGUUAUUGUUGAUGACUUAAAUGUUCAUAUUAUCGUAUAAUGCUUAUGGAUGUGAAUGUUGGGGUGUUUGCUAUUGAUACUGAACGACUGAACUGGUUCAGCCAAAAUGAAAGCGAUAUGCGUUGUUUGAGAAGAGGUGUGUGUGUCCAUGUUGUAUCUUCCAAAUCAUGUGAUCAAAAUAUUGUUACAUAUGCUUGUAUAUCCCCAUGUUUACAAUAACUGUUAUGUUAAAGAAUUCCACUUUAUUGUUUGUUUAUUUUUGUAUUCAGAUCCCCCUAUACUUCAAGCAGAUGUUAACAAACCAUAAUGUAAGAAUGCAAUAAAAAGUAUGAACAUUCAA